AUGUCAGAUAUCCCAGCAGCAACAGAAGCUCAGCAGUAUACCCGGCAUACAAAUGGCCGCCGAAAGCGCAGAGCUCGCAGAGCUUGCCUAACGUGCAGAUCUCGAAAGGUCCGAUGCGAUGUUAUGCAAAAGUCACCAUGCAGUAAUUGUCAAUGGAGCUCGUGCGAAUGUGUAGUGAUAGGACCUCGUCGAUCACCUUGCAAGAAGAACAAAUUAGAUAACAAAGUCUCCAAGCAACCCAAAAAGGAAGAAGUCUCCGUUGAGGCCGCGCGAGAUAUUCUAAGCUAUUCAUACUCUCCAACGUCAUCCGAUGUCGAGGUCAAGCACGAAGAGUCAAGAGACUUCGGGACAUCAUAUCCUCCUAUGGACUAUAUUCUUUCACCUUUGACGCCUAUUUCGCAACUUGAAGACGAGUACUGUUUCGGCUCACAAUACGCUAGCAGCUAUGCAGAUCAGCCUUCUAGCAAUGCUUGGAUUUACCCAACCACCACUUCUCAGUCACCCCCCGUCUCGUCUGAAUUGUCAAGAAAAGAAGAAUCAGACCCAAUCAUAUAUUUUGGGGGUGAUGGGAUAAGUGACGAUCUCAUGGGCAGUCUGUUGGCACUUCCAUUUGAUCAUCUGAGACACAUUUGA